AUGGCGUUUCUCCCGCGGGUUUUACCCUCCGCCUGGAGCGGUCCACUGUGUCCCGUGUGGUCUCUAAUGGGCCUUCCCCUGGCGCUGCUCGCCGCGUCGCUCAACCCGCACCUCUGGUCGCUCGCUCUUUCCGCGGCCGCAUCGCGCCACGGCGGAGCGGCGCUUCUGCCGCUCUUGCUGUUCGCGCACGCCGUCGCGCUGCUCCUCAAUUACGCGGCUGCGCGCAUCGUCGACGUCACUGGUGCCACCGUUCCUCAGGUUUGGCUUCACGAGUUUCCGCGCGCCCUCCGCCGCCUGCUGCCGCUCCUCUGCGCCGCCUCCAUCGUCGCGCUCGACAUCGCCGCGCUCUGGGCCUCCGCCACGGCGCUGCAGCUGCUGGCGGGGCUCGCGCUCAAGCCCGCGCUGCUGCUCUCCGCCCUCUCCGGCCUCGCCGCCAUUGCCGCCCCUCCCGGCAAGGUGCGCCCCUCCGCGUAUUGCGACUCCGCUACGAAAUCGUCCCCCCUCCAGGCUUCCACCCCCCCUUUUAAUUUUCUCUUCCCUUGCCACCGCGCGGCCAUGUGGGGCGCUUUAUCUGCGUGGCUCACCCGCGGCCGGUGUGGAAAGUUGGCAGCGGAAGCCCAGAUACGUUCUCACGCGCAAUCGGCUGGUCACUGCACGUGCAUGAGUCAUGCCCCAUGUCCUCAUCUUCUGCCGCCGAUCACACUGCUUCCCACACCUGCGCGCUCCUCACCCACCCAUGUCACUGCGAUCCCACUCACCUCUCCCCGCCUCCCUGCCUUUCGCCGCCUCUCCCUGUUUCUCCGCCCCCCAACACGCGCAGGCUCAGCAGCUGGUGUCGCUGUGCGUCAGCCUGCUGCUGCUGCUGCUCCUCUCCUGCGCCCUGCACUGCCUCUCCGCCCUCCCCUUCCUCACCCCCGCCGCGUUCAUCCCGCAUCUCGUCCCCCUCGUCGCGCCCACUUCUAUUCUCCCCUCCGCGGAGAGCGCGUGGAUGGGCGCGGCGAUGCUGGGCGCGUGUCUGCUGCCGCACACCUUCCUGCUGCUCGCCUGGCAGGAAAAGGCCGGCGCGGAGGAGCGCAAGCCAGAGAAGCAGGGGGCGGGCGCAAGGUGCACAGGGGGGCGGCGGUGGCGGAGGUGGGGGGAGCUGCUACUGCCGCAGUUGCUGGCUCUGCACCUCACUCUCCCCCGUCCUUUUCCGCCCAUCUGCCCUCCCUCCCGUCCCACGCCUCUCCCCUGUACCAGUUGCUCACGGCCAAGGCAGCGCCGGGGCUAUUCGCGCUCGUGCUGCUGGCAGCAGCGCACCUCCUCGCGCCCUCCACCACCCUCGCCGCCCAGCUCGCGCUCUCCGCCUUCGCCUUCCCUCCUCCCCCCGCCUCCUCCGCUCCCCCUUCCUCCCCACCUCCGCGCCACCCCUCCCCCUACCUCGCCUUCGCAGCCACCCGCCUCGCCUCCCUUCUCCUCACUCUCCUCCCCGCGCUCCUCCUAGGGGACUCUUCCGCCCUCAGCUUGAUCCAAUCCGCGCCUCUCGCCCUCGCCCCCCUGCUACCCCUGGCCGCCGCGCCUCUCAUCCGCCUGGCGGCUUCCCCCCACGUCAUGGGCCCCUGCCGCCUCCCUCCCGCCCUCCGCCUGCUCGCCUGCCUCGCCUGCUGCGCCCUCUCCGCGCUCUCCCUCGCGCCCCUGGCCUCCGCGCUACCCGCGCUGCUGCAGGGCUAUGCGGGGGAGAUGGAGGGCAUGGGGCUGUGGGAGUGGCUGGCGGGGGGGGCGUGGGCGGGGGAGGCGGGGGAGGAGGGCGGAGCGGGGCUGGCAGUGGCGCUGGCGCCAGGGGCGGUGUGGCAUGGGCUGGCGCAGGUGGGCGCGGCGGUGGGGGGGAGUGUGGUGGUGGCAGCGGCGGUGGGAGCGCUGGGGUGGGUGAUGAGGGUACCUCUGCGGUCGGAGGGAGCGGGGGAGGGGGACGAGGAGGGGGCGGGGGAGGGUGUUCUGGAUGAAGGCAUGGGGGAGGAGGAAGCUGUUAUGGGCGAGGGGAUGGAGGAUUGGAUGUAUGGCGGAGAGGAGGUGGUGGGGGAGGAGAGGGAUGGGGAUGAUGUGAUGUGGCAGCAGCAGUGGGUGGAGGAAGAGGGGGAGGGGGGGUUGCGGUGGAGGGAGCAGGUGAUGUGUGACGAAGGUGAGGAGGGGUGGGAGGGGACGCAGCAGUGGGCGGCAGAGUCCCUUGCAGGGGCAGACGAGCAAGAGGGAGCAGGAGAGGAGAAGAUGGGGAGCAUGGGAGUUGGGAGUGGGGACAUGGUUGGCGAUGCGUGUGUGGGUGCGAGCCAAGAAGCUGUGCGGGCAGGGAGUGCAGAGCAGAAGGGGCGAGAGCAGGAGGGGGCGGAGCAUAGUGCAGAGGGAGAACCAGUGAACGGUGAUGCCAAAUCGGUUGUAUCACUGCCCGACAGAGAGGAGGAGAAGGAAGAGGAGCAGGAGGAGCAGAAGGAGCAGAAGGAGCAGGGGGAGGAGAAGGAAGCAAAGGGCAAGGCUCACACAGCCCCGGGUGGGGCCGCUGCAGAUGCCCCCCACGCCAGCACAGAGGGCGACGAGCUGGGGGGCGCUGGAGAGUGCGCAGAGCAGGAGGGGCUGGGGGGCGCGGUAGAGGGCAGGGAGGCGAAGCUUGGUGUGGGAGGGGGGUUGGUGGGUGCAGGGCAGGCUGGGGAGGAGGAGGUAGAAGAGGAGGAGAAACAGAUGGUGGCGGUGCGGCAACGAGGGGAAGAGGUGGUGGGGGAGGAGGGGAGCAAAGGGGCGGGUGCAGGGGAGCAGAAGGGGGAGAUGUCAGCAGUGGGGCCGUUGCCGGACGAUCCAUUCCAUUCCGCAACCACCCCUGCAAAGCCUUCAUGCAAGCACCCACCAGAGGGAAAGGCCAGUCUCUCCACUGAGCCCUGUGACCCGGAGAGUGGCCCUGUGCCUGAUUGCAAGGGUGGCAAGGGUUUCUCGGGAAAGUGUGCAGAUCUGUCAGCGCCCUCCUUCCUGCCAGCCCUCGCCCCCUGCUCCUCCUCUGGUGCUGGCCAUGCUAGUAGAAGCGGGAUCAGCGCGUGCAGCAGCAGCACCGUGUGCAGCAGCAGCUGUGGCAUGAGUGGCGGUGGCAGGAGUGGCAGCGGCAGUCUGUCACGCGUGUGUGGGCUGGGGCGAGGGGCGCGCAGGCAGGUGGCCGCCAUUCUGGACGAGUUCUGGGCGGCGAUCUUUGACUUACAUGGCCAUGCGGUGGUGGUGGAUGGGCGCGGGCAGGGCGUGGGGGAGGGGAGGGCGCAGGGUGUGUUGGGGGCAGCAGGGCAGGGCGGCACGGGGAGGGCAGCAGGAGGUGCAUCGCAGGGCGGCAUGGGCUUGCCUGUGGACUGUUACGUGUCGAAGCAGGCUUCCCUGUCUGCUUUUCACGGCUCGCAUCUGUUAUCAGCUAGUGCCAAGCCCUUCUCCCCGUCUUUCUCCCCCGCCUUCUCACCCUCCGCCUCCGUGCCAAGCAGCAGCAGCAGCAGCAUCAGCAGCACCAACACCAGCAGCACUAUGCACAGCAGCAGCAUGGGUGGGGGUAUGGCGUCGCUGCUCUCGUCCUCACAGCCAUCGUCAGCAGCAGCAGCAGCAGCAGCAGGGCGCGAGUACAGCACGCUCUCCCACCUACCAGCAGCAGCAGGGCGCGAGUACAGCACGCUCUCCCACCUGCCCACCCUGCACGAGCUCUCUCUGCUGCACCCCUCCUACCUCCUCCCCACCCGCCGCUGCAUCUCGCCUGACCCCCCCUCCUCCCUCCCGCCUCCCACCUAUGUGGGCGCGGGCAUGGGUGCAGGCAUGGGCGCGGGCAUGGGUGCAGGGAUGGGCAUGGAUGCAGAAAUGGGCAUGAACCAGGGGGCACAGAGCUCGGCUCUGGCAGGGGGGAUGUGCGUUGGAGUGGGAGGGGACACAGGGGGUGCGCUACUCGGUGGGGUGGGUGGUGCAGGGCAGGUGUGGCAGGUGGAGGGUCCCAGCCGCUCCACGCCCAACCUGCGGGGCGACCUGCUGGGGGGGCUCAGCCUCAGGGCGCACACCCCCUCCCUGCUGGGGGAUGGCGGGCUGGCAGGGCAGUGCCACGGCCUGCUCGGCUCUGGUCGCAUGAGUCCCUUUCAGCAGCAGCAGCAGGUGUAUCAGCAGGAGCACAGAGUGGGGGCGCUUGGGUUUGCAGUGGUGGAAGAUGGUAGUGUUGAUGAGAGUGAAGUGGCGGAUGCUGCUGCCAGCCUGGCACAGCUGAGCCAGUUGCAGCACGAGUAUGCGGAGUUCAGCAGCGUGGGUCGAGCUGGGACUGCUAUGGACGGCGCUGCUGGUGGUGCUGGUGGCGGUGCUGGUUGUGGUGCAGGGGGCAUCAUGGGCAGUGCAUGGGAGCAGCAGGUGGAUGAGCUGGUGGGGACGAGGCCACACCGCACUGCACCACUCCAUCUGGGGCUUUGCGACGCUGCCUCUCCUGCUGCGCUCACAAACGGGAGAGUGGGGUCGCUGCAGCGAACAGGCAGUGGGGGCAUGUGGGGGUAUGGAUCCCAGGCCGUGCGGGGCGCAGCAGCAGCAAGCAGCGGGGGCAGUGGAAAGUGGAGCACCAUGCAUGUGGCGGGCAUCCAGAGCAGCAUGCAUGGGCCUGCCAUGCCCCCACAAGACUUACCAGACCUGGCAGAGCAAUGGCUAGGCGCUACUGCUGUGAGCAAGGGGGGACAGACCAGCAACCCUGGCUGGCAGCAGAUGCAGCAGGUACAGCAGGCGCAGCAGCAGGAGAAGCAGCAGGGCAGGCAGCACGAGCUCUCCAUUCCUCUGAUGGGAGCAGCCACAGCAGCGGCGGCAGAGGAGGCGCGAGUGGAGGCGGUGCGGGUGUGUGUGCAGCGCUUGCUGCGAGUGGAGGGCAGCGACUGGCUCUUCCGCUUCGACACCGGCCCCGACGAGGACCUCAUUGCCGCCCUCGCCCUCCGCGACCGCAAGCUUGCCGCCUCCUCCGCACUCUCUGCUCGCAUCUCCCCUCCCUCUCUCACGCACACAGCUACCCACCACGUGCAUGCGCACAGUGGCGGCGGCAGGGACGGGGAGUGGGUGCUGCCAGCGGGAGUGUGGGGGUGCGGCGCUGGGUGUGUGUGGGGCCCGGCGCUGGUGGUGUCGUUUGGGGUGUGGUGUGUGCACCGGGUGUUGGAGCUGUCGCAGCUGGAGAGCAGACCAGAGCUGUGGGGCAAAUACACCUACGUGCUCAACCGCCUGCAGGUCAGCCAUCUCUCCUCCUUCCCCAGUGCGCAUCCCUGCAUCUUCUUCAAUCUGCCGGUGCUGUGUGCCUGUUUUGGAGAGGCAGCGGGGCAGCCAGCGCUGGCAGCACAGCGCCUCUUCCAGGGGCUGCUCACCUGCUCCCUCUGGGGCACGCAGAUCCCCCUCGCCAGCCCCAACUGGCCCUUCCCCGGCCCACCAGGCCACCGGGGGCCGGCGUGUGCUGCUCUUUUCCUCGACCGCAUUCGUGAAGUGGAGGCGGCGGUGGGAGGGCGCAAGGGCAGGACCGGCACGGUGGCGGGGGAUGUGGCAUUCCCCAAGGGGAAGGAGAACCUCUCGUCGGUUCUGAAGCGGUACAAGCGACGCCUGGGCUUUUUCGCCAAUCCUUAG